AUGAACUUCUUGUUGAUACUGACCCUAAUUUCUAUUAUAGUGCGGAGUAGACAAGAGAAUGCUAGUAUGGAUCCUUGCAACGACUUCUAUGAUUAUGUGUGCACAAAUGACACCAGAAGUAUCACUAAGCUUAACUUCGCAAGUUUAUUCGAUGAUCGAGAGAUAUUGAAACCGAACAUCUCAUUUCCGAAUAACGGGACCUACAUCGCAUUAGAUCAGAUUCUUGAGCCGGAUCGCUUGAUGAAAUGGUAUAUGACGGUUAAAUCACUGGAUACGGCCACCGUGGAUUUGGAAUAUUUUUUCGAGACGCAUUACGAAUAUAUUAGCAAAAAGAACGAUUCGGAGAAAUUCAGUUUUGCGGUGGAGACCCUGGAAAACGUUAAUCUAACGCAGACAGACUUCACAAGCGGAAAGUUUUUAGCUGGUUUGGAAACGAUAGAGUGUGGCGGAGAAAAUAGAGUUCGAAGAAACACAGACUAUAUAUCAGUGUCGCAGUUCAGAUGGAUUUAUAAUGACGAAAUGCUCGAAUUAGGACUCACCAACUUGACAACAAUUGGAUGUCGCAAUUUUGAAAUUUCUAGUGGAAGUUUAACUAAUUUGAAUGUCCCAAAUUUAAAGAACAUUAGCUAUUCAUUGCCAACUGAAGGUAAAAUUUCUGUUACUCUAAGAAUUCAAAAUGAUGAUUUCUGUUUGACAAGCGGCGAGUUGCUAUCAAUUAUUGAAACCAGUGUUUUGGAAUUUCAAGAACCCAAAGGAAAAUACUGUGAACCCGCAAGUGCUGUGGAAAACGGAAAAGUCUGUAAUUCCACGUCACUAACUGAUGGAUGUACUCAAAUAUUUGGAAGCUUGGUAAUCGGACCUGACAAUGAACAAUUCGUGAGCCACCUCAAGAAAGUGGAAGUGAUAUUUGGAGGGCUUGUUGUUAAUAACACUAAUUUGACAAACAUCGAUUUUCUGGAAAGUCUCAAGUAUAUUUAUCAUCUUGAUAAAAAAGCCCCUGCCAUUCAAAUCGAGAAUAACCCCAACUUGUCCAACUUCUCAUUUCCCAGCUUGGUUGUUGCCCAGACUUUGCAGCAAGUGGUGGCAAAUACCAAAAUUAUAUUCAGUAAUAACAAUAAUAUACUCUCGUCGGACUCUUCGUAUUGUUUCCGUCUCAAAAACAUGCUCAACCUUACAGAGCGGGAACGUAUAUAUUUUGAUGGAAAACAGUGUGAAAACCUUCCAACCAAAUCCACAAAGUCAUUGGCUUUUGAAUCGUUUAUUUUUGCGAUUUUAAUCAUAAAAUUAUUGUAG